AUGUCGGACGAGAAUGCGCGACAACUUUCCCGCCUCUGGCGCAUCAUGAGGACCGUGAAGCAAAUGUGUCAAGACCGAGGCUACGAGCUCACCGACGAAGAAUGCAACAUCAGCCUCGACGACUUCCGACGCGACUACGCCGACGAGCAAGGCGCUCCCCAACGAACGCGAAUGAACUUCACCGCCCGCCCGACCGAACACAUGCUGCGUAAAUACACGCCUCUCCCGCGCGCAGGCCAGCCCGAGCCGGAACCCACGAUCGGCACGAUCCACGUCGAAUUCAGCGAAGAGACGAGCCUGGGCAUCAAAUUCCUGAAGAACUUCGUGCAGCUGCUCAGCGAGAAAAACUACUUCUCGGGUAUCUUCAUCACGCAGGGCGUACCGACGGCCUCGGCAUACAAACUCAUCCCCAGUGUUCUCCCCACGAUCCUGGAGAUUUUCCGGGAGGAUGAGUUGCUGGUGAACAUCAGCAAACAUGACCUCGUGCCCAAACACAUCAUGCUCUCGGCGGAGGAGAAGAAGGGCCUCUUGGAGAGGUAUCGGUUGAAGGAGACGCAGUUGCCGCGGAUUCGCGUGGACGAUCCGAUGGCGAGGUAUUUGGGAUUACGGAGAGGACAGGUGGUAAAGAUCAUCCGGAAGUCGGAGACAGCGGGGAGAUAUGCCAGUUAUCGCUGGGCGAUUUGA